CUAAUAUUUACCACAAAUGGAACUUGCAGUCACAACAACGACAACUCAUGCACGAUCUUUCAUGAAAACCCUGGAUCACGACAGCGCAUGAGAUGUGACAAAUUCCCAAUGAGAGUAGCACUAUCAAAAUGUCGAUUGAUCUCAAUUGGGAGACGCUGACUGGAGGUACGGACGGAGCUGAGUUGUCGGAAAGCAUCCGCGACUUUAUCCACAUCAAGUUCCAGGCGGUGCCGCUUCCACGCUUCAUCAAAUCCGUCACGGUGCACGAGUUCAAGUUUGGCAGCAUUCCGCCUCAGGUGGUGCUCAAGGACAUAUGUGACCCACUGCCAGAUUUCUACGAGGAAAAUGCCGCGGCGGAUGAGCAGGAUGAUGAAGAGGAAGGCAACGCAGUAGGAGCAGCGGACGCAACAGCUCCUGAGGACGGUGUACCAGAUGCCAUACGAGCCGCCGAGCGACAUCGCAGGGCAGAAAAAGGCAGGCGAAUGGGCGGCCACGGACCUUCUGCCUCCGGCAGCGCACCGACUAUACCCGGUUUCUUCGGGAUAGAUCAUCACCACCCUCACCACCCCAGCCUAUCACCACACAUCCACACCGCCGGCCUACGCAGCGCUCUGGGCACCCCCGACCUGGGUAGUCCUUUUUUGGGUCUAGGCGGUGUGUCGACACCUGGCAUCCCCGGCGGCACGUCAAACAUGCACUUCUUCCCCUCUGCCUUCGCGUCGGGCUGGUCGGGCGCACAGACGCCGCUCGCUGCUGCUGUUGCCGGGGCGCAGCAUUUGAACGGCUGGUUAGACGCACACACACAUGCACAUGUGCAGGCGCGGAGCCCGCAGUCUGCGUCGUCGAGGUCGGAUUCGAGGGGGCGGGUCACCACGCCUUCGCAUGGACGGAAUCACUCGCAGAGCUCUAUCAGUGUCGGGGACCUACCUUCGUCGUUGGGGAAGGCCGCGGGACAGCAGCAGAACCAGUCGUUGAGGGAGAAACAUAGCGUGUCGACUCUAGCGCCCACUUCUGCAGGGACGUCGCGGCCACCGACCAGGGAUACGGCUGCUGGGUCUAUUACCGCUGGUGGUGGACACCCGGGGGUGCUGACUGGAUCGGCGAUUGACGAGGAGUAUGAAGAGGAAGGCAUGGCGGAUGAGGGUGGGGAAGACGACGAGUCAUUGAGGAAGUACCGCGAGCCUAGGGUCGAAGAUAUGCAGGCCGUGUUCCGAAUCAAGUAUUCCGGGGACGUGAAGUUAAUGCUCACGGCGGAGAUUCUGCUGGAUUAUCCCAUGCCGAGCUUUGUGGGGAUCCCAGUCAAGUUGAAUAUUACAGGGUUGUCGUUUGAUGGUGUUGGUGUCGUGGCCAAUAUUAGGAAGAGGGUACAUUUUUGUUUUUUGAGCCCCGAGGAUGCAUUGGCUGCUGUUGGGAACGAUGAUGAGGCCGACAACGCGGUGGAUAAUGGUGGUAGUGAGGAGAAAAGAAGAGGGAGAUUAGGAGGGCUGCUGCAGGAGAUUAAGGUCGAGAGUGAGAUUGGGCAGAGGGAGGGCAGCAAGCAGAGCUUGAAGAACGUGGGCAAGGUGGAGAGGUUUGUGUUGGAGCAGGUCAGGAGGAUAUUCGAGGAGGAGUUUGUAUAUCCGAGUUUCUGGACUUUCUUGGUCUAGAGAGGGGUUUGAAGGGAACCGUAAACUAGGGGAACGCAGGACUUUGCAGACACUUAGGGGUCACCAGAACAAAACGUGGAACGUGAGUCAAUUUUCGUGAUGUUCUAACUGUACUAUAUAAUCCAUAUUGCUAAUCAGAGACAAGGAACGGUAUACCACCGCUCCCCUCUGCCUCAACACUUGAUACGUGGUCUUGGGCGUUCCUGUAGCCUAUCUAGAAUGAUAAGAAAUUUAACAUUUCACUCCUUUAUCAAGCGUAUGGCUGCC